CUCAUAAUUUGUUGUUUGAAAUUUUGCGGAUCAUUAUGUGUAUAGUAUUAUGUCUUAUCGUGUUUUCUGAAUUAUAAUGAAAUAUUCAUAUUAACUAAAUAAUCUGAGUUACCAAAUCAAUUACAAAGAAAUACUUAACUCCUUUUUUAAUCAGAUUUUUGAGAGGUUGUCGAGUUUUUUGAGAGUUUUUUUUUGGAUACGUGAAGAGGUUUAAAAUGCUAUGCUGAGUUUUUUCAAAUAGGUUUAAUCUUAAUAGCGAAAUUUAUGCCGAUAAAAGCCUGGAAAAGAACUGUUUUGUUUAACGCAAAGUUUUGUCCGCUUAAUUAUUCUCAAAUCAAGAUUUAACUUCCCCAGACAGCUGGGCUUAUGUGCGCCUUAAUGCAAAGCAUUUCUGCUAAUUUUUUAAAUCAUUGAAGAGCGUAUUUAUAUCAGCGGUCGGCUGUUUUAGUCCUUGAUUUUCGCAUAUGUUAGCUAAUGGUUCCUUUUCUUCUAUGCUACCUAAGAAUUGAGAGUUUCAACCCUAGAGAUUCUUGGAAAAGAUUCUUGGAAUCUUCAUCAGUCGUGAUCUGCUCUAUGUGCCUGUAAGCAUGAAAAUUAGCCCUGUUUUGAAUGUUUCCCAUAAUUGUGUCCGUAAUUGUUUAUCAGAAUGUACGCAUCAUUUCACUGUUUCUAAAGGGGGCGCGAAGAUUUGUCUGUGUCAAUUGACCGUAUCACUCUUUAGUAGUGCCUGAUACUUUGAUACCUUGUAUCGUGAGAGAAGUUGAGAACAUCUUUGUUGAGAACAAAUUGAAUAGUAAAGUUUACCUUGAACUUCAAAAUGGUCUGCUGUUUGAUAAUCACGAAGGUUUUCUUCUUCAUCUUUUCACUGGUUAUCUUGGUCGGGGCUGUUUUCAUUUUUGGACUCCAGUUCUAUGCUUUGAAGUUGUAUGACUACAACGCUUCUGCCGAGACAUACAGCAUCUCGCGUGUGUCGGUCAACCUGCUCGGCGGAGCUGCUCUGCUGGGGAUUCUGGGAUUCCUCGGGUGUUACGGAACUUGGAAAAAGAGCAAGUGCAUCCUCUACCUAUUCGCUGUCUUUCUCUGCAUCGUCAUUUUCGCUGAAGUUGCCCUCUGCCUGUUAGCUUUAGUCGAGCCAACUGACAGGCUUGAGCAGAAUUUAAAGAAAUAUGUGUCUCAUAUUGGUGGAAGGAAACUGGUAUCGACUCUCAAGAAUAGAGUCGUUCUAACCACAGCGGGAGUGUUCUUAAACGCCUUCCUUCAGCUCCUCGGAGUUUUCUCGGCUGUGAAAGUUGGAAGAUCUCUACAUUAGAAGUCGAGCCUGUGUGAUUUAUUAAAAUGAAGAGGCCCGGCUGUGGAUUCAAACGAAUAUAAAAACAUACUACAAAUAGUUGAUGACAAUGAAAAUAUUUAUUUGAUCAU